AUGAACAUAAAUAUGGAUCCAAAUGCUACCAGUCCGUGGUUUACAGUCCCUGAAGAAGAAUUUCCACCCAUGAACGUACAAAUGCAGCAGCAGCAGCACACAAUGCACAACACUUGUAGCUCUAAUAUGAAUCAGAUAUCGGCAAUAGGAGCAUCUAGUGGACUGAAUGGAACGCUUGGGGUCUCUUCUUCUAGUUAUUAUGAUGACGUGGACGACGAGAACGAAUUUGCCAAUGAACCGCCUCUUUUAGAAGAAUUGGGCAUACAUUUUGAACAUAUUUGGGCAAAAACAGUCUCUGUGCUCCUCCCGACAAAACAAAUUAACGAGCAUAUAUUAGAUGAUGCAGACCUUGCUGGACCACUUGUAUUUUGUUUUCUUUUUGGUACUUGUUUGCUCUUGGCUGCAAAAGUUCAUUUUGGGUACAUUUAUGGAUUUGGUGUACUCUCAUGUCUCUUCAUGUACUUACUCAUGAAUUUAUUGUCUCCUGAACGGACAAUUGACAUUUAUCGAGUCUGUUCAGUACUGGGUUAUUGCUUGUUGCCAAUUAUUGGCCUUGCAGCAAUCAAUAUUGUCAUCUCCGUGAAGGAUUUGGGGAUUAUGGGCUUUGUACUCGCUAGUGUCUGCACUUUAUGGAGUACGCAUACGGCAUCACGAUUUUUUGAAAAAGCACUGUACAUGACAGAGCAAAAGUAUCUUGUUAUGUACCCAACUAUGCUGGUAUAUGCUUGCUUUGUGCUCAUUGCCGUGUUUUAA